CAUAAGUUCUCAUUUAUAACGGUUAGUACGAGGAUUCGAUUAGCCGUACUGACACGUUUCUCGACAUCGGCAAUCAUGUCGUGCGAUCUGGACAUCGCGAAGUGUUUUGAUUUCGUGAAAGAACUCACAUUGCAAGCUGGCAAGAUACUUAAAUGUGGCAAGGACGAAAAAAUUAUAUAUAACAAAAAUAAAGGGGAUUUUGUAACCAAUUAUGAUCAGCAAAUUGAAAAAAUAUUUAUUGAUGGCUUAUCCAAAGAAUUUCCUGAUCACAAGAUUAUCGCGGAAGAAACGGUAGCCGCAAUGCAAAAAAUGCCAGAAUUGACAGACGCACCAACAUGGUUCCUCGAUCCACUUGAUGGAACCAUCAAUUUUAUGCAUUCGUUUCCUUAUUUCAGCAUAAGCAUAGCUUUGAUGGUUUCCAAAGUGCUUGUUUUAGGCAUUAUCUACAAUCCAUCGAACUCAGAGUUCUACAGUGCGAUAAAAGGCAAAGGCGUUUUUCUUAAUGGAAAGCCGAUUCACGUCUCUAACAUCACUGAUCUAAAACAAGCAAUGAUAGCGAUCAAUGUGCCAGUUAUAAAACAAGUGAAAACGGACAAAGAUGUAACCAGGGCAAUCGCUUUAAUCGAGGCGACGCAGACAAAUAGAAAUAUUGGAUCAGCUGCACUGGGCCUGGCGUACAUAGCACUCUGGAUAUCUUCGCCAUUGAUAAGCUUCUUAAACCUUGGGAUGUAGCAUCAGGAAUGCUGCUUAUACUCGAAGCGGGUGGAACUGUUAUUGACUCAAAUGGUGGUGCUUAUGAUAUUAUGAAGGCAAAUACUAUUGCAGCGGCAAAUGAAACUUUAGCACGAGAAGUAUCUAAAAUA